CAGAUUUGCACAGUUCCAUAUGCUGUGUUUGCCUCAAGUCAAUGAACUACACUUUCUCCCCAUUUAGGCUUACACACAGGUGUUUGUAGCACGCUAGAUCGCUACUUAGCACAGGCUGCCGCCUCCUAAACAAGCGCUGUAACAUUGAGAUAUGGCCUUGGGAACACUAACCCUAUUUACCGGCUAUGAAUGGGUUAACGAUGAUAGUCAAUAAAAGUCAUAUUUAAAUACUAGCCUGAUUUAAUGCAAAAAUGCAUGGGCCUACAUUCAAAACAAAAGCUGACCAAAACAAUAGUAUUUUUUUCGACCAAACUUUGCAUUCCGGACAAGUUACACUAAUAAACUACAUUUCCCUGAAGCCUCCUCAUCCAUGCGCCGCAGUCGAUCAGCUGUUGAAGCAACUGCUGACUACCUCCGGACGAAGGCUCAGCAAACCAUGCAGGAUGAUUUACUGAUGGACAAAAACAAAGCCCAACAUCAGCAGCUAGAUCCAGCAGUAGACCCUCCCUCCACCCCGACCCCUUCGGAUCCCCCUACAUUAGAUGAGAGCCCGUCGAGUGUGAGCAACCAAGCAGCUUCAGCUCUCAACAAAGAGAAAGUGCCGAUGGAGUCUCCGAUCCUGCCAGGCUUGAGUUUUCAUCAGCCGCAGGAAACCGGUGGCACCCUGUCCCCCUCAUAUGGUAGCACUUGGUCUACUGGAACUACGAACACCGUGGACGACAAUUUUAAUCAAGGAAUACCCUCUGUGAACGGAACAAUGCUUUUCCAGAACUUCCCCCACCACAUAAAUCCGGUAUUUGGAGGCAAUUUCUCACCUCAGCUUGGCUUGGCACAGUCUCAGCAUCCACAGCAGCAAGCCCAGCACCAGCCAGCGCAGCAACGGAGAUCCCCUGUUAGCCCCAACCACGGUCCUUUUCCACGGAGAAACGCUUACAGUCACCAGUCUGUCAUGAAUAGCAAGGCUUUUUCACCUGCCUCAUCUUCGGGUUGGAAUAAUCACCAAAAUGCCACUUGGAGCACAGCCUCCAAUCCAUGGAGCGGUCUCCAGGCAGGCAGGGACCCGCGAAGAGCUGUGGGAGUCGGGGUUGGUGUGGGGGUCGGUGUAGGGGUGCCUCCUUCCAUGAACCCCAUCUCCCCGAUGAAAAAGCCCUAUUCUAGCAACGUUAUAGCACCCCCAAAAUUCCCGAGAGCUGGUCUCCUCACACAGAAAUCUUGGAUGGAGGACAACGCCUUAAGGAUGGACAACAGCAACAAUAUGCUGCCUUUUCAGGACCGGAAUCGGCCCUUUGAUGCAUUUAGCUUGCACUCUUUGGAGAACUCCUUAAUGGAUAUGAUAAGGACUGAUCACGACAAAGGUAAACCACACCCAGCUGGUGGCCCACCAAUGAGUAUCGCUGAUAUUAUAUGGAGGAAUCAUUUAGCAGGUCGCAUGGGUCUGAACUUCCACCACCCCGGAGCAGAGCACAUUACGCCAUUAAACACCAGGAGCUAUGGCCGCAGAAGAGGUCGCUCUUCGCUCUUUCCCUUUGAGGACGGUUUCCUGGACGACGGUCACAGUGACCCCUCUCUGACCCCGGGCUUGAACUCGCCCACGCGCUGUCAGAACGAAGAGCGGAUGGAGCGCUACUCCAGGAAGGUGUUUGUUGGAGGCCUGCCUCCUGACAUAGAUGAAGAUGAGAUCACCAACAGCUUCCGUCGCUAUGGACACCUGGUUGUGGAUUGGCCCCACAAAGCCGAGAGCAAGUCCUACUUUCCGCCUAAAGGCUAUGCUUUCCUGCUGUUCCAAGAGGAGACCUCUGUCCAGGCCCUGAUUGAUGCCUGUAUUGAGGACGAUGGCAAGCUUUACCUGUGUGUCUCCAGCCCAACUAUCAAGGACAAGCCAGUCCAGAUCCGCCCCUGGAACCUAAGUGACAGUGACUUUGUGAUGGACGGCUCCCAGCCGCUGGACCCCCGAAAGACCAUCUUUGUGGGGGGCGUGCCCCGGCCUUUACGUGCAGUGGAACUAGCUAUGAUCAUGGACAGGCUUUAUGGCGGCGUGUGCUAUGCCGGCAUCGACACUGACCCGGAGCUCAAGUACCCCAAGGGGGCGGGCCGAGUGGCCUUCUCCAAUCAGCAGAGCUACAUCGCUGCCAUCAGCGCCCGAUUUGUUCAACUGCAGCACAAUGACAUUGACAAACGGGUUGAGGUGAAGCCCUACGUCCUGGACGACCAGAUGUGUGACGAGUGCCAGGGGGCGCGUUGCGGGGGGAAGUUUGCCCCCUUCUUCUGUGCCAACGUCACCUGCCUGCAGUACUACUGCGAGUACUGCUGGGCCAGUAUCCACUCCCGGGCAGGCCGAGAGUUCCACAAGCCACUGGUGAAGGAGGGGGGCGACCGCCCUCGACAAGUGUCCUUCCGCUGGAGCUGAGGGGCUCGAGAUGAGCCCCCCCACCCACCACCACGACAUCGGUGAAGAGAACUACAAAUACAUGGUUCAUUCUUUUUCAAACUACAACGCUUGACUACAAACUCAUUGUCCAGUGUACCCUUAUGAUAAUAGGGGGAAAAAAUGUAUUGCGUAAGUCUAUCUGCUUAGAAUUUGCACUGUGGCACAAAUACUCACUAAACACACAUGGGAUGGUAUGUUAGAGAAACCUGAUUUAUGUUUGAGUCCCCUGUUCCAUGACCGGGUUGGUCAGUGUCUCCUGUAGAACCCCACUGAGCUGUGGCAGAAGUGAGACUAUACAGUACAUAUAUAUUUAAAAGGUAUAUAUAUUUUUUGUUUUAUAUAUAUAUAUAUAUAUCUAUCUAUACAUAUAUAUAGAUAAUUACAUUCUAUGUGAAAGGAACAUGCACUUAUUAAUUUUUAGGAUAUUGCCCCUUUAAAAAAACAUUACCAAAGGCAAAAAUAGAAUUACUGCAUACAGAAAAACUGAAUAGUAAGAUGAAGAUGUAGAUGUAGCAAGACUAAACAGUUAUCCAGUAGUGUGGGCCACAGUAGCCCAGAUAAAAAUAACAUGGCUAUAUUUUCUCUCCAUUUUGACUUUGAAAAUAGUAAAAUGAAUACCUCAAGGCGAAAUCAGAUUUUGUUUCGCUUUUGAUUAGUAGGUCUUAUUUUUAUUUUUUUACAUUUUAUUUUCUAGCAUUAUGUUAAUGUAAUGCCGCAAUAGCUUUUGCUGCUAAAUCCAUGGUAUUAACAGAUACCGUAGUAAUUUAUUCAGGCUAGGAUGUUCUAGCAAUUAUGAUGGCACCUGGUGAUAAGGAUGAUGACAGGCUAUCAUUGUAGGUAGACUUGCGGUUGGGCCAGUAACCGAAAGGUCGCUGUUUUGAAUCCCCGAGCCGACUGUGAUAAAUCUGUCGAUGUGCCCUAGAGCAAGGCACUUAAACCCUAUUUGCUCCUGUAAGUAGCUCUGGAUAAGAGCGUCUGCUAAAUGACUCAAAUGUAUUUGUAUUUUUUUUAUAACGAUGAGAGGGGGUUGUCCAUUACUAAAUUAUGCCUAGUAUGUU